AUGGCGCCGGUUUCGGACAGCAACCCACUUUCGUAUUUGAUCCAGAGACAGAUUGAUGGGAAGGUGGACCAAUGCAAAAGACUGGUAAACGCCAGGUUCGAAUAUUCGGAGAAUCUGUUUCGAAAGGACUUGCUGUCGCACUAUGGCUGUGUCAACGCCAUCGAGUUCUCGAACCAGGGAGAUCUCCUCGUUUCCGGUGGCGAUGAUAGGAGGGUACUACUAUGGCGAGUAGAGCAGGCGAUACAAGAUUUCGGCAAGCCGGUCGAGAUGAAGGCUCAACACAUUAGCAACAUAUUCUGCCUCGGCUACGACAACAGUAAAACGAAAAUAUUCUCCGCGGGCAACGAUGACCAAGUGAUCGUCCACGACCUCAGAACGGCGGACGUGGUGAACUUCUUCCUACACGAGAAGCCGGUUUACGGUCUCUCGGUACACCCGCACAAUGAUAACGUCUUCGCGAGCGCCUGCGACGACGGUCGCGUCCUCAUCUACGACAUCCGCGCCUCUAGCCCUAUGGAGACGUUCUGCUUAGCUAAAUACAAGACCGCGUUCCAUUCUGUAAUGUUCAACCCCGUCGAGCCGAAAACGUUGGCCACCGCUAAUGCCAAAGAGGGGAUAGCAAUGUGGGACGUCAGAAAACCGUUAGAACCUGUUUUGCGUUACGGCCACGAGAGCACUGCGCAGAGUUGUAUGAACGUGAGGUUCAACGCGGCUGGGAAUCGGCUUCUGGCGUUGAGGAGACGGUUGCCGCCUGUUCUCUACGCUGUCAAUUCUCCGGCCCAUAUGUGCCAGUUCGAUCAUCCAGGGUAUUACAACAGUUGCACUAUGAAGUCCUGCUGCUUCGCUGGAGACAACGACGAAUACGUACUCUCUGGAUCGGAUGAUUUCAAUUUGUACAUGUGGAAGAUACCCAGCGAGGAUGUGAAGUGGGUCUACUCGGCACAUAUGGUCCUUCGCGGCCAUAGAUCGAUAGUAAAUCAAGUUAGGUACAAUUCCGCAAGUUGCAUUUUCGCGUCCUCGGGAGUGGAGAAGCUAAUUAAGAUUUGGAGCCCGUUUCCAUUGGGAAAUAAUUGUCUAGGAGGACUAAAGAGGGACGAUGGUAAACAGGAGAGGCAGAGGAAGGUGUUUACUCACGACCAGUAUAUAGGCUUAGUCCUCCACAGUGGCCGUUUUAUGACCCACGAUUACAGCCAUCAGUCGACUAGAGAGGAUCCCAGAAUGAUGGCAUUUUUCGAUUCCCUAGUACAAAGAGAAAUCGAAGGAUGGAGCUCGGAAGACAUGUUGGAGAGGACUCUUUCAGACUUCGAGAGCAAUCCAGUAGCCGGCAGGGCGAUUUACAGCGAGACAGAUUCCGAUGACUUCACACCGAUCUCCAUACGUAUCUUAAACAUUUUGGGGUCCGAAGUGAACCUAGCGUCGGACGGGCCCUCAGAUGGUGGUGUGGCGCCAGAACGCCCCUUAGAAUCCCCGAACCGAAUCACCCGCCUAAUCGCCUACCGCCGUGAGCAGCUCUUACGCUUGGCCUCCUCAAACAACACCACAAAUCCCACAAGCAACAGUAACAAUCUAGCCUCAGACCCAUCAUCCGAUGAAACCAGCGAGAGUAAAAAUCGAAAAUUCUUGAAAUCAAAAGGAGCUAAAAGAAAAAACGAGAGACGCGGCUGGAGCCGCAGGAAACGCGCGGCCCUACAAAUUAAUAGCGAUUCUGAAUCUGAUGAAGAGGCCGUAGACACAACGCAACCCAGUACGAGCUCCGGCGUCGUUUUUCGGAAAACAACUGGCCGAUUCUUUGCAAAAAUUAUUGAAAAAAAUGAGAAGAGCAGCAGCAGCUCAGAAGAGGAUAAAAAACUAGCUUUCCACUCAGGGAAGUUUGAUAAGACUAAGAGGAAAUAUAAGAAGACUAAAAAUAAUUGCGGGAAUAAGAAUGAGAAUUCGGUGAAGUGCAAGAGCAAGUGGAAGGGAUUAGAAAAAAAGAAGGAUUGGAGGAUUUGUGUGAACGGUUCGAGGAUUGAAGAGAGUGGGCCAUCGACUCCAAGGAAUAGGUUCAAGGUGCAAGUUCCUUCGACUCCUGAUAGCGGGAUUGGGAUCACUUCUUCGAUUUCUACUAAUGAGAAGAGCAACGGGAUGGAGAAUCAGGAGUCGGACCAGGGGGAGAAGAUGAAGAAUCUUGAGCAUUUCAGGAAGAAGAUUGAUGUGGCGAAGAGGAGUUAUAGGAACAAGGCGAAGAACAUUUUGAACUUGUCUAGCAGCGAAUCAUCGGAUUAGAUUUUCGUUUUUGAAUUUGUUUGUGGUUUAGUGUGUACGGUACCCGUUCGUGAGUUACAGUUAUGCGGGAGGGGGACUCUUUCUGAAUUGGAAACUUUUUUAUUUGAUUCUAAGAGUUUAUAAUGAAUCAUUCGUUUGUAUUUGGCUAAUUAAUCAUUGCCAAUCGGCAAAUUUCCCGCGUUUAGUCAACUGUCUUUUUUUCAAGUAAAUUUCAUUCUUAGGUUUUAGUCAAGGAAUUUUCUAUUGUAAUCAUGAAAUUUUUUAUCGUAGUCAGUGAAUUUUUCAAAAUCAUUGACAAUAAUUCUAGAAUACAUUUUUUGUAGA